CAACCCUGAAGUAAGCUCCACAUAGCGCCGAGGCUGUACGUUGUUCCCGCACGAGAGCGUGAUGUAAACAACACAAACCGAAAUGGCUACAGCGGCUUAUAAUUAUGUUGUCACUGCCCACAAGCCUACAGCUGUUACAGCAUGUGCUACCGGACACCUGACUUCGCCAACCGACCUGAACUUGGUCGUAGCUCGGAACAACAGAGUGGAACUCCACCUGGUUACACCUGAAGGAUUAAGGCCUCUAAAAGAACUCACCAUCUAUGGCAAGAUUGCCUGCAUGAACCUUUUUACACCUAUGAAUGAAUCAAAAGACUUGCUCUUCAUAUUGACAACACGGUAUUGUGCUAUGAUCCUGGAAUGUGUUGGGGAUGGAGAGAAUCUAGAGAUCAUAACCAGAGCUCAUGGCAAUGUAGCAGAUAAGAUUGUUUUCUACGAAGCCCUGACGACCAAGCAGCGAAGCCUCCCACGACCUCCUCAAGGAGCCUCCUUCUCCAUUACUUCCGCCUCCAAGUGUUUGGAAACCUUCUCGACCUCCGAAGUAAAGACAGGACUUGGUACCACAGGGUAUUCAAGCCGCAGGGGGAAGAUAUUGUGUACUCCUCGCGCUGUUGCAUCUCCCGACCCGUACCCGUCCCUUAUCUCGUUAUGA